AUGCGUUCUCAGUCAUUCUCCUCCGCGCUGCUUAUCUGGCUGGCCGCCGCCACCGACCUUGUUGCUGCGGUCCAGGUAAACCCACUGCCGGCGCCCCAAGACAUCACCUGGGGCUCCUCCGGCGCCAUUCCCGUCGGGUACCUAUCACUUCGCACCGUCAACGCCAACUGGGGCACGCACGACAAUGUGCGAAUUGUCAAUGACGCCUGGAAUCGCGCAUUCAAGGCCAUCACUACGAUUCGCUGGGUCCCUCAGGCUGUUGAGAAGCCCAUUCCCGUUUUCGAACCAUUUCCCGGUCACAACACCACCAGCAAGAGCAAGCGAGCUGACGCGCAGGCUGGCGAUGCCUCGACCAACUGGGGCUCUCGGUGGCUCAACGAGAUCACCGUCCAGGUUGAUGACUGGACAGCCGACCUAAAGCAUGGCGUGGAUGAAAGCUACACCGUAGACAUCACCUCGUCUUCUUCCCAGGUCCAGAUCACGGCCAAGACUGCAUGGGGCGCUCUUCACGCUUUCACCACUCUGCAGCAGAUGGUCAUUUCCGACGGCAAAGGCGGUCUCAUCGUUGAGCAGCCUGUCAAGAUCAAGGAUCACCCGAACUACCCUUACCGUGGUGUCAUGGUUGAUACUGGCCGCAACUUCAUCUCUGUCAACAAGCUGCACGAGCAGAUCGACGGCCUCGCCCUAUCCAAGAUGAACAUUCUCCACUGGCACAUCACCGACGACCAGUCCUGGCCUAUCCGCCUCGAAUCCUUCCCCGAAUUUACGAAAGACGCCUAUUCAGAGCGAGAGACAUAUUCUGCGCACGAUGUUGAAGACGUCAUUGCAUACGGGCGCGCCCGCGGUGUGCGCAUUGUCCCCGAAAUUGACAUGCCUGGCCACUCCUCGUCCGGCUGGCAGCAAUAUGACAAGGAUAUUGUCACCUGCCAGAACAGUUGGUGGUCCAAUGACAACUGGCCCCUCCACACUGCUGUGCAGCCCAACCCGGGCCAGCUCGAUGUUCUGAACCCCAAAACUUACAAGACUGUCGAGAAGGUCUACUCUGAGCUCUCUCGCCGGUUCUCCGAUGACUUCUUCCACGUUGGUGGUGAUGAGUUGCAGACCGGCUGCUUCAACUUCAGCAAAAGCAUUCGCGACUGGUUCGCCGAAGACUCGAGCCGAACCUACUUCGACCUCAAUCAGCAUUGGAUUGACACUGCCAUGCCUAUCUUCACCAGCGAGAAAAACAGUGGCAAAAAGGACCGCCGCCUCAUCAUGUGGGAGGAUGUUGUUCUGUCUGCCGAUGCUGCCGCCAAGAACGUCUCCAAGAACGUCAUUAUGCAAUCUUGGAACAACGGCAUCACAAACAUUGGCAAACUGACUGAGGCUGGUUAUGAUGUUAUCGUUUCCAGCGCCGACUUUCUCUACCUCGACUGUGGCUUCGGUGGUUACGUUACCAACGAUCCCCGCUACAAUGUCCAGGAGAACCCUGACCCCUCCGGAGCCACUACUUCAUUCAACUACGGUGGCAUUGGUGGUUCUUGGUGCGCUCCCUACAAGACUUGGCAGCGUAUCUAUGACUACGAUUUUGCCCAGAACCUUACCGAGGCGCAGGCAAAGCACAUCAUUGGCGCUUCGUCUCCUCUGUGGUCUGAGCAGGUCGAUGACACUAUCAUCAGCGGCAAGAUGUGGCCCCGUGCCGCCGCCCUCGGCGAGCUCGUUUGGUCGGGUAACAAGGACCCCAAGACUGGGAAGAAGCGUACAACCACAUUUACGCAGCGAAUGCUUAACUUCAGAGAGUAUCUGGUGGCCAACGGCAUUGAAGCAACUCCCCUGGUACCGAAGUACUGCCUUCAGCAUCCUCACGCAUGCGACUUGUACUACGACCAAGAAGCUGUCAAAUAA